GUCGCAUGUAGUCUCGCCGGCGAAACGAUUUCACAGCGGAUUAUGCUCGUUUCUAUUUGCGCGUUUCAUCCUUGCUAUCGUCAUUGCUGCUGCUGUUAUUGAGCGACGUUGUUGUAAAUAAUUGGUUAUACAAAGCUCAAAAGAUGCAGUCGACGUUGAGACUCGCGGGUUGUUCUCGGCUGUUGCUGGAGCGCGAAGGCGCGAAAAAACACGCGCGCGGGCUACGGUUGGCUGUCGCAAACUGCGACAAGUUUCGGGAACUUUUCCCGUUGAGAGAAGAGUUCCAAGCGAGGCACAUUGGUCCACGCGAUCACGAGCAGGCAGAGAUGCUCAAGUUUCUUGGGAUAAAGUCACUGGACGAGCUGACGUCAAAGGCAGUGCCGGGCAAAAUUCAGAUCAAAAAGACAAUGGACAUAGACGAGCCAGUCACUGAGUUCGAGUUGAUAAAGCGCAUCGGCGAGAUCGCCAACAGAAAUCAAGUGUGGCGCAGCUACAUCGGCAUGGGCUAUUACAAUUGCUGCAUUCCGCACACCAUCAUGAGGAACAUCUUCGAGAACCCCGGAUGGACGACGCAAUACACGCCGUAUCAGCCGGAGAUAGCUCAAGGCCGCUUGGAAAGUUUACUGAACUACCAGACGAUGGUCUGCGACCUGACGGGCCUGGAAGUAGCCAACGCGUCGCUGCUCGACGAGGGUACGUCUGCAGCCGAAGCCCUGGGCUUGGCGCAUCGCUAUAACAAGCGCAAGCGCAUCUUCGUGUCCGACAAAGUGCACCCGCAGACCAUCAGUGUCAUCGCCACUCGCGCCAGCUCGCUCGGCCUCGAUCUCCAAGUCGGCGACAUCUUCGAAGCGGACACGAGUGCCAAAGACGUCGCCGGGCUUCUGCUGCAGUACCCGGACACGACCGGCGGCAUCCGGGACUUUGGCGGGCUCGUCAAGCGGGCGCACGCCCACGGGACGCUCGUUGUGGCGGCGUCGGAUCUGCUGUCGCUGGCGGUGAUCAAGCCGCCGGGCGAGUUCGACGUCGACAUCUGCAUAGGCACGAGCCAGCGCUUCGGCGUGCCGCUCGGCUACGGCGGCCCGCACGCGGGUUUCUUCGCCUGCCGGCAGAAGCUCGUGCGGCUGAUGCCGGGGCGCAUGAUCGGCGUGACGCGCGACGCGGACGACCGCGAGGCCUACCGCCUGGCGCUGCAGACGCGGGAGCAGCACAUCCGGAGGGACAAGGCCACGAGCAACAUAUGCACGGCGCAAGCUCUGCUCGCCAACAUGUCGGCCAUGUACGCGGUCUACCACGGGCCCAAGGGCAUCAGGAACAUCGCCACCAGGGUUCACAGCCUCACCGUCGCGCUCGCCGAGGGCCUGGGCAGCCACGGCAACCAGCUGGAGAACGAGUUUUACUUCGACACCCUGACGGUCAGACCCAGGAUCGGCCUCGACGCUCUCAAGAGGAAUGCCGACGCGCUGAGGAUCAAUUUGAGGUACUACCAGAACGGCACGGUCGGAGUGUCUCUCGACGAAACGACGGGGCCCGAGGACGUCAACGACCUCUUCGGAGUUUUCUCCGUCGACACGACCAUCGACCGCGUCGUCAACGGCGGCUCGAUCGACGGCAAAGGUCUCGGCGUAUCGCCCUUCCGUCGAACGAGCCCGUACCUCGAGCAUCCGGUCUUCAACUCGCACCACUCCGAGACGCAAAUAGUCCGCUACAUGAAGUCCUUGGAGAACAAGGAUAUUUCGCUCGUGCACAGCAUGAUCCCACUCGGCUCGUGCACGAUGAAGCUCAACUCGACGACGGAGAUGAUGCCGUGCAGCUUCAGAGGUUUCACCGACAUCCAUCCGUUCGUGCCCCCCGACCAAUCCCGCGGCUACCAACAGAUGUUCCUCGAAUUGGAGCGCGACCUCUGCGAGAUCACCGGCUACGACAGCAUCAGCUUCCAACCGAACAGCGGCGCCCAAGGCGAAUACGCUGGGCUCAGGGCUAUUAAGUGCUAUCACGAGUCGAACGGCGACAAAGACAGACAAGUGUGCUUGAUUCCCGUGUCGGCUCACGGGACGAAUCCUGCAUCGGCGCAAAUGGCCGGGAUGAAGGUAGAACCGAUUAGAGUGAAGAAUGACGGGUCUAUCGACAUGGAUCACCUCAAGGCCAUGACUGAGAAGUUCAAGCACAAUCUCUCGUGUCUGAUGAUCACCUAUCCCUCGACAAACGGCGUGUUCGAAGAGACGAUCAGCGACGUGUGCGAUUUGGUGCACCAAGUCGGUGGCCAAGUCUACCUCGACGGCGCGAACAUGAACGCCCAAGUGGGCCUCUGUAGGCCAGGAGACUACGGCAGUGACGUAUCGCAUUUGAAUUUACACAAGACCUUCUGCAUUCCACACGGCGGUGGUGGUCCUGGCAUGGGACCAAUUGGAGUGAAGAAACAUCUAUCGCCGUUCUUGCCCAGUCAUCCGGUAGUCGAUCCAGUUACUGGGGAUAUCAAGGUAGUAAGUAGCGACAGUCUGGGUGCAGUAUCAGCAGCUCCCUACGGGUCCUCCGCUAUUCUACCGAUCUCUUGGGCGUACAUUAAGAUGAUGGGUCCCCGAGGACUGCGCAAAGCGACGCAAGUAGCGAUCCUCAACGCUAAUUACAUGGGCAAGAGGCUCGAAGGUCCCUAUAAAAUUUUGUACAAAGGUGUCACUGGCCUCGUCGCUCACGAAUUCAUUCUAGAUAUUCGUGACUUGAAGAAAACGGCCAAUAUCGAGGCUGUCGAUAUUGCAAAGAGAUUAAUGGAUUACGGAUUCCAUGCCCCGACCAUGAGUUGGCCCGUUGCUGGUACUCUUAUGAUUGAACCGACCGAGUCCGAGGAUAAAAUCGAACUUGAUCGAUUCUGUGAUGCUCUUAUUUCCAUCAGAAAAGAAAUACAGGCAAUUGAAGAUGGAAAAUUAGACGCUAGUAUUAAUCCUUUGAAAAUGGCACCGCACACGCAAGAGCAAGUCAUUAGCGAUAAGUGGGAUCGACCUUACUCCAGAGAAUUGGCUGCAUUUCCAGCAUCUUUCGUAAAAGGAAGUACCAAAAUGUGGCCUUCAGUCGGACGAAUUGACGACAUCUACGGUGAUACGAAUCUCUUCUGCACUUGUCCACCGAUCUUACCUCCACAAUAAAUUUUAUUAAAAUGUAAAUAGUAAUUUAUGCAUAACUCAAGGCAUGCAAGGAACACGAGUAUUUGUAAAUAUAAUUCUUAAGAAUCAUGUGCUUAGAAUAAGACUUGUUUUUAUUAAGUUUCAUUAUUUUACAAUAUUCUUCAAAUAAAUCAACGCAUCUUAA